AUGCCGCCCCCAGAUGUCGACGACAAACUACUCCUCGCGGGACUGGAAACGACUUGGGACUCGGCAGAUAGAUUGGCUGUGCCACAUUUACACAUACCCAAGACAAGGGCAGAUGAAUACGGCCCGCCCAGCCCAUGCUAUUCACACACAUCUAGCGCGAGUUCUGCGACGCGCUCACCAUCAGCGUCCGAGUGGAGGUUCAAGCCUCUACCCCCGGUCCCUGGAGUAAGUGGCGGCGCGCACUCAAGAGGAUCUGGUAGAUCAAGUGGCGGGCAAAGCUCUUUCAGAGAGUCCCCUACGAGCUAUACGCCUCAGCCUCUAGCACUUCGGCCCACGACACCCCGCCCUAUAACUCCUGUAUCUUCGACAUCUAGACCAACCACACCCCAGCCUCAUGCAGCGCCCUUUGGUGCAGUACCUCGGCCUACAACGCCACGUCCUCUUACGCCGGUGUCUUCAACAUCCAGACCUACAACACCUCUUCCUCCAGCAGCACCUUUCGCUGCAACAUCGCGGCCUAUGACACCCCCAUCUAUGUCUUACCGACCAGCAACCCCUCGACCGACCACCCCCAGGCCUGUGACUCCUCUACCUACCAUUCCUCAGCCUUCCACACCCCGAUCUACAACUCCCCGUCCCACUACCCCGCGACCUACAGUGGCAAUCCCAGACACAGGAACAGCCACGAACCUUAGGUAUGAGUAUGCGCCAGGGCAUACCGGCUCUUUAGCAGCCGGAAAAGGGUCUAGGGAUGCUCCUGAGUGGCCGCAAACAUUCGGUAUCAAAACUGAACAAUUGCCGCCUGCCACGAGCAACCAUGGCUACAACCAUAACCCGAAACGCUCGAGCCCGACAGACCUGCAUGUCCAGCAAAAGCAGCCAGUGAAGAAGACAUCAAAACAGGAGCUAAAGCCAGAUGGUGACGACAGACCUCUGUGGCAGUCAUUAAAGGCAGGGGUACGGCGUGUCCUAACCCGUAAAGCGGUUUCCCACGAUGGUGGAGCGCUCAAGCACAGCAAAACGAAAAAGAACAAGUACCAGAAUGUGCGCAGAGCAUCAAUCAUUGUUCGCAUGUCGACGAUACCACCUGUUCAGCGUCCGCCAGAGGACAAUAAUGGCCAGGGUUUUCUUGACGGCAAGGAAGAUGACGGUCACUAUGAAGACGCCAUAAAGCGAAUGAAGAAUGUCCUAGCGAGUUUGCUCGAGGAUGGGUACACUAUGGACAUGAUUUUGCAAGCAGAAUCUAAUCAACAAUUUCUCCGAUCGCUUUUUACGAGGGUGCAGAACGAACCACUUCUUGGUGUUGACACUGCACCUUCUAACUCACCCCCACCGACGUCACACUCCUCCUUACCCCCAGACCAUACAUGCGAACUCCCUCCCCAGGAUUUCCAUCAGCCUGAGGCAGUUGAUAAGCCGGUUGAUCAGCCUAUGAGCCAGCUGUUUGACAAGCCAAUUCGACGGCCUACGUUAGGUGAUGACAAUGAAAGCAGCUGGGAAUACGUUGGCUACGACGAGGACGAAGCAUUCACUGAAGGUGCACCCUCCGUGCGCUUCUUUACAGGUCCUGCGCUUGAUGAAAGAUCAGAGCCACGCAGUUCCGUUCCACCAUUCGCGGCAGUCAUGGCCGCCUUGGAUGACGACCUGCAGCGCAUGACAUCCAACCGAUGGAGCCUCUCCAAGUCCGGCAUGGAAGACAUGAUCUUGAAUAUCCUUCUCCAGAUCGACGACCUGGAUGACCUCUUCUCCUUUGCUCAGACCAGCAAAGCCACCUACCACGUUUUCAAACGCCACGAACUCCCAUUGAUGGAGAACACCAUUAGACGCAGAUCCCCUGCAGCCUGGGAACUUCGUCAGAUGAGUGAUAUCAAUGAAAAUACAGAUCCGCAGGAUGUGCCCUCUGCAACAGUCUACUACCGUUCCGUAACCCGCGAUCUCCGCGCCCUCGCCACCCUUAAGGGCUUGAUGAUGACCCACUGCAGAGGAGUCAUGCGCACCAGCUCAUACGCUGCCCUUGCCCGUCCGUCCAGUGCAGGCGCCCGCCGGCUAGACAACGCCAUCUGGCGUGUUUGGACCUUCUGCUUCCUCUUCGGAAUGCAGACAGGUAGAGAAACAGACAUGGACGGACAAGUCAGCUGGCUCCGCGGGGAAACCGGAUCCCCGUUCCAGCCCUGUCCAGACCCCAAGGACGUAGCCAGCAUUCUGUUUGACCCUCCUCCGGGCUUCGGAGAGGGCAAUCCCGGAGGCCUCACGGUGAGCGACAUGCAAGACAUGGACGAGGUAUGGACGUGUAUGAAGUACAUGCUGGGAUUCUUGCGCGGUGAAACUGAGCGCGCCCGCCGUUUCGGCGUGUUUCAGAGCGCUGGCGUCUCUCUAGAGCGGAAUCAGGGCAUGAUCGUGCUGCAUGAAUGGAUCAAUUAUCUGUUGACCCUGGGGCCGGAGGCCGUGGUGGAGCUGGCGCCUCUAGGGCCGGACACUCAUGCGGAGACUACGUUCCAGCGAGCUAUGUCGCGGGGGUGGACGACGUGGUCGGCUCCCGAGCCGGGGUCGACGCGAAGUGCGUUCCUGACGGAUGCGCUGGGGCGGGUAUCGGGAGGGUUGCGACGGUUGGAGGAGUUGCAGAUGACGCUGUGGUAUAGUUAUGUAUGUGGACUAAACCACUUGGACCCAGACACCACACUAAGAUAUAUAGAUUCCGCUUUGUCUAGUAGUUACCCAGCAGUACCAGUACAACAACCAAAACCAUGGAUUUUCCUAGAGAGUAAAUAUGUCCCUACCACUCUUAAAUCGAGUCCUGAUCCAGAGGGUUAUCCCGCAGUCAUCCAAUGGUCCCAACACUAG